ACUCUCUCUCUCUCUCUCGUCUAAACUCGUCUCAGCUCUCUCUUUCUUAAUUACUCGGAGCCCAUAAUUUCUCAUCUUCCUGAGGAGUUUUAGCAAUGGAAGGAGUUCCAGGGAUGAACACUGUUCCAAAUCCUAACCAUUAUGACAAGUCUAUAGUGCUAGACAUCAAACCACUGAGAAGUUUAAGACCUGUUUUUCCAAAUGGUAGUGAAGGUCCACCCUUUGUUGGAUGUCCACCUUUUGGCCCUUCUUCUUCUACUACUGGAUACUCACAUUUCUUCCCAUUUGGAGCACAACAACCUACACAAGACACUCCAGAUCUCAACCAAACUCAGGACACGCCUCCUCCAUCGUUUGUUCCACCUCUUCGUUCAUACAGAACACCUACUCCUGUUUCAAAUGGUCCUAGUAGCUCAACCGGAGCUAAAAGAGGUCGUCCUAAGGGAAGUGUUAACGCCAAGAAGAAAGACAAGACCGUUCCCAAAGAGCCUACUUUGGAUGUUCAGGUAGUGAAACGGUUCAGUGGAGUUUUUGACUGUGGGAUCAGUGCGGCAGAGCGAGAAGAUGGGACUGGGGACUUAGUAAGUAGCGUGCUGAUGCGUUUUGAUGCUGUUAGGAGGCGGCUCAGCCAAGUAGAGUACGCAAAGGCCGCCACUGCUAAAGCGGCAGGUUCUUUGAUGAGCAAUGGGGUGAGGACAAACAUGAAGAAGAGAGUUGGAACAGUUCCUGGAAUCGAAGUUGGAGAUAUCUUCUUUUCUCGGAUAGAGAUGUGUUUGGUGGGUCUUCACAUGCAGACUAUGGCUGGCAUUGACUAUAUAACAAGCAAGGCUGGUUCAGAUGAGGAGCCUUUAGCUACCAGCAUUGUUUCGGCUGGGCGUUACGACGGUGAGGCACAGGAUCCUGAGUCUUUAAUCUACAGUGGACAAGGGGGGAAUGCGGAUAAGAACAAACAAGCAUCUGAUCAGAAACUUGAGAGAGGGAAUCUUGCAUUAGAGAGAAGCUUGAGGAAAGGCAAUGGAGUGAGAGUGAUAAGAGGAGAGGAGGAUCCAGCUAGUAAAACAGGGAAGAUUUAUAUUUAUGAUGGACUUUAUUCAAUCUCAGAGUCAUGGGUAGAGAAAGGGAAGUCUGGUUGCAACACAUUUAAGUAUAAGUUGGUGAGAGUACCUGGUCAGCCACCAGCUUUUGGAUACUGGAAAGCUGUUCAUAAGUGGAAGGAAGGUUUAACUCCAAGAACAGGACUUAUCCUUCAAGAUAUCACUUCAGGAGUUGAAAGCAAACCUGUCUCUCUUGUGAAUGACGUUGAUAACGAGAAGGGGCCUUCUUAUUUUACUUAUAUCUCCACUCUCAAAUACUCGGAAACCUUUAGAAUAAUCCAGAACACAGCUGGCUGUUCCUGUCGCGGCUCAUGUGCACCAGGAGAUCUUAACUGCUAUUGCAUCCGGAAGAAUGGUGGUGAUCUCCCUUACCUUUAUGGCGUUUUUCUUGUUUCCAGGAGGCCAAUGAUAUAUGAAUGUGGUCCAACGUGUCCAUGUCAUGCUAGUUGCAAAAACAAAGUGAUUCAGACAGGACUGAAGUUCCGCAUGGAAGUGUUUAAGACAGCGAAUCGUGGUUGGGGUUUACGUUCUUGGGAUCCCAUCCGUGCUGGUUCUUUCAUAUGUGAAUAUGCUGGCGAGGUCAAAGACAAAGGCGAGCUUAGAAUGGACCAAGAAGAGGAUGAGUAUGUUUUUGACACGUCCCGUGUUUAUAGCUCAUUUAAGUGGAAUUAUGAGCCUGCAUUAGUAGAUGAGGAUCCUGCAGAUGAAAUCCCGGAGGAGUUUAAUCUCCCAUCACCACUCUUGAUCAGUGCCAAGAAUUUUGGCAAUGUAGCUCGGUUCAUGAAUCAUAGCUGCUCCCCCAACGUUUUGUGGCAGCCAGUUAUUUGUGAAGGAAACGGUGAAUCUGUUGUCCACAUUGCUUUCUUUGCCAUUCGUCACAUUCCUCCAAUGACUGAACUGACGUAUGAUUAUGGAGUCGCCCUUACAUCUGAGGCAAGAGAUGGGAGCGUUUUACAUGGAAAGAGGCAUUGUAACUGUGGUUCUGUGAAAUGCCGUGGUUCAUUUGGAUAAUGGCAGAAAGAUCUCAAGGUGUAGCAGAAGUACAAAGAGGGAGGUUGGCUUUUGGUCUUAUGUUAAAAUGAUUGCCGUUUUUUGGAAACUGUGUAUGCAUUUGCUGCGUUGCAUGUUCUGUGGUAAUGCACACACUUCUUAUGUAUUGUAUUGGCACCAUAUCGGCUUUAGGUUCCAUGCUCAUAGGUUUAGUAAAAUCAAACUCUAUAGAGCGAUUCAGUUAUGUUUAAAAGCCUUUUGUAACAACUUAUCCGUAGACUUCAAGAAUGCGAAAAAAAUUCAUGUUUGUUUGUUUUUUA